AUGUUAUUUUUUGUGGAAUUAGUUGUUUUGAUCUCACUCGGCCAAUGCGUGAUCUACUCUAAAGAUCAAACAAAUUUCUAUAAAAACCUUCUGCCUUCAGUCGAUUAUUACAUUGAAACAGGAUAUGCAAGUGUUGGAGAUUUAACAAAAUCAGAAAAUAGAUUAUUUUAUUCGCUAUAUUUGAAAGAAGCAACAACUAGAAAGAGUGAUGUAAAGCCAACUGAUGAGUUAAUUGUUUGGAUUUAUGGAGGUCCAGGAUGCUCUUCUUAGGAUAGUAAUUUUAAUGAAAAUGGGCCAAUUUUAGUCGAUGAUGACUAAAAAUUACAUGCAAGGAAAACAUCUUGGAAUAAGCAAGCUCAUCUUCUGUACUUAGAUUAACCUUUUUCUGUAGGGAUGAGUUAUUGGACUAGAGAUCAAAUGAUGAAUAGCAGUUGGGAUGCAGCUGAUUAUGUUAUUGAAUUAUUGGCUUAAUUUUUUGAAUUGAAUAAAGAACUGGCAAAUGCAAGAAUGCAUAUUUGGGGAGAAAGUUAUGCUGGCCAUUAUAUUCCUGUUUUAGCAGAAAAAAUAAAGAAACAAACUAAAAUAAAUUUAGUUGGAAUUGGAAUUGGAGGAGCAUGGUCACAUCCUAAAGUCUAAGUUACACCUACGGUUCCAUAAUUACUAAGUUAUGGUGUCAUAGACUAGUACUAAUAUGGCAAAAUGAUGAAAUCUGGGAUUGAAGCAUUAGAAGCUGCUGAAAAUAAAGAGUUUGAUAGAUAUAUUGCUAUAAGGGACGCAGAAAUAAUGUUUAACGAGAUUAUUGGACCAAAUUUUAGAUAUAAUAUUCAAUUUUAUAAUACUGAUGUUGGAGUGUAAUAUGAAGAUUUUAUUAAUAACCACAAAGAAUAAUUUGAUCUUCCUACAAAUAUUACUUUUAAUUCAUGUAAUCAAGAUAUUUAUGCUGCAUUUGCAGAGGAUCAAAGCAUUUCUGUCCUUCCUUCUAUAGAAUAUUUGCUUUAAGAAAAAAUUAAAAUUUUCGUUUAUUAAGGUUAAUUAGAUACAGUUGUUACUCUUGCUGGAGUUGAAUAAUGGGUGAAUUUAUUAAAGUGGUAAGAAUUGCCAACAUGGAAGAAACAAAAAAAAACUUAAUGGAAAUUUAUUAAUCCAAUAACUUAAGAGGAAGAAACCGCUGGAACGAUUAAGUCUUAUAAAUUACUACAUUUUUGCGUGGUUUAUAAUGCUGGACAUAUGACUUCUACUGAUUAGCCAGAAGCAUCUUUUUAAAUGUUAAAGAACUACUUUGAUGUAUGA